UUGACUGGAGGAUAAUCCGCUGUGAGUUCAGAGCAGCGGCGGCCUCCUGUAUCCCUGUAGCGCGCUGUUUAUCCUCCACAAAAUGGCAGCACAGAAAAUAAACGAGGCACACGAUCACAUCGCUAAAGCUGAGAAAUGCCUGAAGACCAGCAUGACCAAGUGGAAGCCGGACUACGAUGGAGCGGCGUCUGAGAUGGCCAAAGCUGCUGUGGCUUUCAAAAACGCUAAGCAGUUUGAGCAGGCGAAGGACAUGUACCUGAAGGAGGCGGAGUACCACACGGAGAACAAAGCAUUGUUCCAUGCUGCAAAGGCAAUUGAGCAAGCAGGUAUGAUGCUGAAGGAUAUGAAGCGACUCCCGGAGGCUGUUGAACUGAUCGAGAAAGCCAGUGUGAUGUACGUGGAGAACGGGACCUCAGGAACUGCAGGCAUUGCUUUGGACAGAGCCGGCAAGCUUAUUGAACCAGUGGAUCUGGAGAAGGCAGUGGACUUGUAUCAGAAAGCUGCAUCGGUUUUUGAGAAUGAGGACCGGCUUAGGCAGGCUGCAGAGCUGCUGGGAAAAUCGUCCAGACUUCUGGUGCGUCUGCGCAGGCUGGAAGAGGCAGCUGUGUCUCUGCAGAAAGAGAAAAACAUGUACAAGGAGAUUGAGAAUUACCCCACUUGCUUUAAGAAAACCAUAGCACAAGUGCUGGUCCAUCUUCAUCGAGGCGACUUCGUAGCAGCAGAUAAGUGUGUAAAAGAGAGUUACAGUCUUCCUGGGUUUAGCAGCAGCGAGGACUGUGUUGCGAUGGAGACUUUAUUGGCGGGUUACGACGAGCAAAACGAGGACGACGUGUAUCGCGUGUGCAACUCGCCUCUUCUCAAGUACAUGGACAACGACUAUGCAAAGCUGGCCAUCUCUCUGAAAGUACCAGGAGGAGGUGGGAAGAAGAAGAAAUCUCCCAGCGUUCCACAGGGGGGCGCUUCAGGAGCACCGGCUGCAGGGGACGAGGACGAGUAUGAAGGAGGACUGUGCUAAUCCGGGAAACGUCACUGCUUCAAGCGUGUAUGUGCACCGGUGAAAGGAGGAGCGUGACGGGAAAAGAAGAUAGAGUCUAUAUUUCUGAGAAAAACGUAUAGGUGUAUAUGCUGUCUACUUCGUGACUUUCCUGUUGAGCACCGUGGAUUCUGUCCAUAUCCUGAAAACUUUGUAUUCUAUGCAGAGACUUAAUGUCUAACACAAAUGAAGCUCGGUGUAAUGUGGAAGAAAUACUUUAGCAUUGUUAGCUGAUUUCUCAAUACUUCAUCUGUAACAUAGGUGUAAUAUGCGCAAGAAAUGUCCCUGUAGUAAGAAAAGAAAAGCUGAAAAUUGACAUAAUCAUGCGAAAGACUCAAGCCAGCUUUUCAGUCUAGUUAUCUUUCAUUUUAUCUUCAUAGAUAUGAGGUGACUUUUGCUGAGGUAAAAAAAAAUGUGUUCAUACUUAAACAUACAAGGAGACUGAAUAAGCACAGAAAGGCUGCAUUUACUGCAGGACAAGCACAAAUCCACAAAACGCACAAGACAACAAAGUAAAUUUCUUUUACGCUAUUUUGAAACAUUUAUUUCCAUGUAGCGUUCGUUCCUUCUUUUUGUUUGUAGCUGUAACAGGUAUCGCUUUUGAAUCACAGCUACAGAGCUGCAACUCUUUAUACAGUUCUUAAUGGAUUUUCAGUCAAUUGGAAAUAAAGGACAGGAAAAAGCACAGAAAUUUUAGUCUGCAGUAGCGAGAGAUCAGAGCACAAAAAUACUGAAGUAUUCCUUUUAAUCAGAGAUGCCCAAACAUUUAUCGCCAAGCUGCCACUCUUGGGCCCUUGAGCAAGGCCCUUAACCCUCUGUGCUCCAUGGGCGCCGUAUCAUGGCUAACCCUGCGCUCUGACCCCAGCUUCUGAGCAAGCUGGGAUAUAAGAAGAAUGAAUUGUACUGUGCUGUAAUGUAUGUGUGACAAAUAAAGGCUAUUCUUCUUUUUCUAUUUUCCAAAAAUCUAAAAAUCUGAACAUGAUGAGCCAAAACUACUUUGAGAACUAAAGAAUGUACUCGUGCAUUCAAUUUAAAAUAAUUCAUAUUCACUUAUAUUCUCACAACUUCAUUUACAUUGUUUACAGAUUAUAAAUAAUCUGUGUCAAUGGCGCCCCCUUUCUUUCUUAAUGGGCAUGGUAGACCAAAUUAAAGGUCACCACUGGCCUCCUUUGCCCCACGAGCCCUAGUUUGGGCAUCUCUGCUUUCAAUACAUAUAAACACAACAUAAAAGCUACUUUUGUUUGUGGAUACAAAAAAAUUCCAUUCUUUUUUUGCCAAAAUGUCUUUUUAUUUAAUAUUGUAUUCAAACUAUGGUAUAGUCAUGUGUACAGCGUCCUGUAUCAUGUGUACGUGUUUUAAAUAGGGACCAGUUUCUAAAAUCGUGAAAAUCGAAUUGUUCUUGUUGUAACCCUUUAACGUCGAGCAGAAAAAAAUGCAAAAGAUGCUAGAAAUGU